GCGUGACCUGGGACGGGCUGCAGCGGCCGGAGCCCGGUGAGGCGGCGGCGGAGCUCGGAGGUGGCCCCAGCGCAGCCGUUUCUGGAUCAGGCCUGCAUCCCCUUGCUCAGCUGCUGAAUGAGCUGCACUCAGCAAGGUGUCGUGCAUGGGAAAAAGAUGAGAGUUGCUGCAGCACAUCAGAGGAGGAACAGCAUUCGUUUAUGGUCAUGGUCUGCCAGGGAACCAGAAAAUUCAUCCCAUUGCCAUCCUCUGUACAUUUGGACCAGAAUAUGAGCAAAUUUCUUAUUUCCUUUGUUAUCUGUUUCACCGCUUUGCAGUUAUCCUCUAUUGGGAAACAGCAAUUUGAGUCAUUUUGUUUUCCACAAACUCCUUCUCCUUCUGUUAAUUGAUAAUCUGAAUCCAUCCCGUGGUGACAUGUCUUGUUCUUCCUUUCCCUGGAUUGGUCAGCAGGAAAGUCAGGAGCUGGUGCUGCCGAAUUGAUUAUUAUUUCAAGAAGUGAUAAUAUGUUCUUUAGUACCUAAAAAUAAUAAUAAUAGCGAUAAAAAUAAUAAUAAUAGCAUCAUGAAUAGUUGUUGUAGCUGUAAUAAUUAUAAAAAUAUUUAGUUUAUAACCUAAUUGUGCCACUUAAAAUAUGAGUGAAUUUUCUGUCACCUAAUAUGUAUUUCUUAGGGUUCCCAGGGACUGGUCCAUGGUGUUGUAGGAUUUGUUGUGGUGUCUGUUCAUCUAUUCCCCAUUUUUCGAAGCUCUUUACAGCCAGGGCUGUAUCAAUUGGCCACUUUUCUCUAAUUAAAUCAUCUUUUACUUGGAUUCCUAACUGAUUUCUCUGGACUGACAAAAACACUAAAGUGCUCUAAUACACCUUAUAUAACAGACAGUGACAGCACAUGUUGGAGUGGGGAGAGGGAUAUUCCCCCCCACUUUUUUUAGUAAAGUUCUCACAACAUUCUGCGUUUGCUAUUUCCCUUUGCGGCUUAAACAGUUUCUGUUGCAGUCAGAUACCCUCACUGUGGGCUCUGCCUUUAGAUGUGCAAAUUCCAUCUGUGCAAGCAGGCAGGGUUUGGGGUGAGAGACAGAGGGAAUCUGCCAAAUUCCUCCCCCAGUCAAGAAUACUCUGGCACCUUGUCCACACUUGGCCCCAGCAGUGUUAAUUUGCAUUUCUAAAGCUCUUCUCCAGGCUGUCUGGAACUGAUGCUUCCCUUCCAGAGCCACCAUUGGAUGACUCAUAGGUGCCCACCCCCCAACCUUCUUUUUUUUUUUCUUAUUACCAAUAUUCUAUUAACAUUUUAUCUGUUAAAGUGUCAUCUUUAAAGCUCUUCCAGUAUUGCAAAGUUCAUCCUAAAGGGUAACACUGAAUACCCCAUACCGAUGUUUUGCCAUCACUAAGAGUUUCCCAUGUAUAUACACAAGAAAUUCCAAUGCAAAUGGUCAAACGCUUCAUGUGGGAGGAAAAGGUGGGAUUGUGCAGGAGAGGGAGGAAUAGUAGGAGGAAGAGGAAUGUGAGGAAGUGUGGGGAUGUAGGAGGAGGAGCAGAAACUGGAAGGAGCACAAGGUUCCACCCCUCCCUGUAUCUGCAGCCUCUCCCCAGCCCCAGGAGCGUUGUCCCCAUCACAUGCAGCAGGUGACCAGAGAGGGAUCCACAGUUUUCUCAGGGGGUCAAUCUUGGCAUUUCUGAGCUUUAUUGGGCAAAAUGUUGGUGGUUUUGUUUUUUUCAGGGGCUGAAUAUUUCUAUUUUGGAGGGAGUUUUGGCCAAAUCUUGUUGUUUGGUGGGUUUUUCAUCUGUGCUGUGAUGUUUGGAGAAUUUUUGGGCUGAAUCUUGGUGUUUUGGAGGUUCUUAUACACACAAGAUGCCCACUGUCUUCCUGAGUUGCACUUGGGCGAGGAGGAAACCCCCAGCCCAAGGCCCUCUCCUCUUGUUUUUUUUUCCAAAACCAGGAUUUUUCAUUCCCAAGGCGUGGGCAGAUGGAGGAGAAGGAAAAGCCCCAGAGAUGCCUCAGAAGUAGGGGCUGCAAACCCAGCCCAUGGAGCUGUGAGGAGGAAAGACCCUCCCUGAACCAGGAAAGCGGCCGGAGAUGCAGGCGGAGCUCAGAGCUGGUGGAGAAGCCUCAUGGAGGGGAGAAGCCCCACAAGUGCUUGGAGUGUGGGAAGGGCUUCAGGUGGAGCUCUGAGCUGAUCCGACACCAGAGGAUACACACUGGGGAAAAGCCCUAUGAGUGUGGGGAAUGUGGGAAGGGAUGCAGAGACAGCUCUGACCUGAUUAAGCAUCAGAGGAUCCACACUGGGGAGAAGCCAUAUGAGUGUGGGAUAUGUGGGAAGAGCUUCACAGAGAGCUCCGGCCUGAUCCGGCACCAGGUGAUCCACACUGGGGAACGGCCCUACGAGUGUAGGGAAUGUGGGAAGAGCUUCAGAGACAUCUCUCACCUCAUGCGGCACCAGGUGAUCCACACUGGAGAACGGCCCUACACGUGCUUGGAAUGUGGGAAGAGCUUUGGGGUCAGCUCCAGUCUGAGAAGACACCAGCGCAUCCACACUGGGGAGAGGCCCUACGAGUGUCCCAAGUGUAGGAAGAUGUUUCAGACCAGCUCCGAUCUCCUCAAACAUGAGCGGAUUCACACAGAUGAGAGGCCCUUCCGUUGCCCCAACUGCAAGAAGGGAUUCAAAUACAACUCCACCCUCACUGUCCACCUUCGCAUCCACACUGGGGAGAGGCCCUACGAGUGUCCGGAGUGUGGGAAGAGCUUCUCAGAGAGCUCAACCUUGACCAAACACCGACGGAGGCACCACUAAGGGAAGCCCUGUGAGUGCCCCGAGUGUGGGAAGAGCUUCGUGCUCUGCUCCAGCUCCAUCCCCCAUGGGAGGAUCAGUGUUGGAUGAUCCCCAGUGACCCCUGUUGGGCAGAUCUGGUGAUCUGUGGUCCUGGUGAUCCAUGUUGGGAAGGCACCUGGCUGGGGGGCUCUGCAUCAUCCUGUCUCCCUGUGGGCACCUGGGUGAACACAGGGGCAGGAAUGUCCAUUGGGACGCAAACUGACAUGGGGAAUUCCUUGGGGGAGAGUGGAUUUGCUCACUUUCAACCCCAGAAAUUCUUCUGUGUUCAAUCCUAUCCUCUGGUGGCAUCCAGGAAUAAUGGAUGGUCUUGGAGGUCUUUUCCCGUGUGGUAUUUGGUCAAUAUUUCCUGAAAUUUACCUGCCGAGACCUGGGCAGUUUUCCUUGUAUCUGACAUGAACCAGUUAGUGUUGGAUUUUUAAUAUUGACACAUUGUUACAGCAAUAACAAGUCUAUGCCUCUUUGUGAAACACGCAUGUAAAGACAAAAAGCCCUGGGAAAGUUCUCUUUCCCUUCCAACCACUCACAAAGUCACACCAGCCCAGGCCCCCUCCACGCGGCCCGGGCAGGGGCAGGCGGGCUCUGACUCAGAGCUCAGGAAGCUGCUGGGCCCCGUUUUCAAGCAGGGACCCGGAUAUCCAGGGAAAAGAAAGGAAAGGCCCGUUGCUGACAUCCCUGCCCCCUGGCACGGCCGCGGCUCAGCAGAACCCUGCCCUGCCCCAGCUCGGAGCGGCUCCGAACAGCCGGGCCCGCCCCACUGCCCCCACGGCCUGGGGGAAAAACAGCUGAGCCCCGUUCUGGCAAGGCCCCCACAGCCUUGUCUGCUGGGCAGGGUGGAGGAAGAACCCCCGGCCCGCGGCUGGGAUUGAGUGCAGCGGGUGCUGGAGAACAGCCAUGAAACCAGAAACUCAUCACCGCUUCUCUGACUAAACCCUACAGUCCUCACCCAGCCCCCAGCGUGGCCUUGAAAGACUCUUUAUUGUAAAUAACUCUGACUGCCAUACUUGGAAAAAAUCACAAACCCUCUGGUAUGGCAAGGUAUUAAUUCCUUCAAUGCCUGGAAUAAAACUUUACAGAUACUUUAUUCUCUCUCCUAAAUAAAAAAACAAAAAACAAAAGCAAAAGAGAUAAAAACCAAAAUAGUAAUGCACACAGAAACAAUAUAAAAACACCAAAAUCAAACAAAAAGUCAAAUUCCAAGUGAAGAAAGGAAAAAAGUUGUGAACUAAAAUUUCUCUUUUUUUAAACAAAGGAGAAAAUGCUCUUGUUUCCUCUAUAACACAUAAAAAUAUUAUGAAGUGAAUAUAGCUGUUCUAACUGUAAAUAUAAACAAAGGCAUUAAUAUUAAAGUAAACUGUAACUGCUGAAACUAGCAGGGGGAUUCUAGAUUCAGACUGCUACGAGUUCGGAUAGCUCCGAGAGUCCUCGAGGUAGAACAGCUACAAAGCUAGCUAAAAAGAUUUUGAGACUUUGCUGCAGAGGUUCCGAAGGUGGUUUCUACCUCCAAAGGGGUUCCACUAGCAAAAUCGGAUUACAUAGUAUAACAAAGGGUUUUUAUAGCUUUCAAAAUGAUUGAGUUUCUAACCAAUAAAACUACAAGUUAAAAAGCUAUCCAAUUAUUUUAAAAUUCUAAGUAAGAAAAAACCAAUCACAUAACAAUGUUAAAGACCAAUAGGAAUCCUAAUAGAUAACAGAGGUUUUGAUAGGGAGGGGGAGCAUUGCUCUGAGGGGUUUCUUUGUCUUAGGGCACGAUGUCUAAGUGGCCUUUCUCGGGGGCUCUGGUAUCAUCCACAGUAAGCAAAUGUUAAAAUCGCUUUAAUCCCCUAAGUUUCAAUAAUAAAAAUAACACAGUUGUAAACCCCCCCCCGCCAAAAGAAAAAGAAAAAAACCCCUCUGUUCUCAAAAAUAAAUUAAGUUUUUGUUUAAAUUGAUAUAAUCGUUAAGGUUUGCCUCAUAAGUUAAUAUGGUCCUCAGUAAAAGUUGGGAGAAAAACUUUUAGUUUGAAAAAAGGGUUUAUAGAUAGUAAUCAGAUUUCCAUUCUCCUGGGAAGCUAAUCACUGUAAGAUCAAAACCAAAAGAAAACUUUCUUGUGAAGAAAUCUUCAUAGAUGAAAACAAGUCUCCUCUUUCAAGUAAGUUAGUAAAAGUUAUUUUAAAGAUGGUAAGCUGAGUUGUUUUUUGUAUGUUUUUAGUAUAAAAAAAAAGUAAAGUUUUAUUCUAAGUUUUUUUUUCUUAUGAUUUCUAGUAAUAAAAUUUCUCAUUAUACCAUUUAAAGUUAAACCUGUUUUUUGCCUUCCUCCUAAUCCUAUCUCGCAACAAAAAAAGUUAAAAUUAAUAAACCAAAAGCACUAAAUCCAA